UGUGAAUAUAUAGCGUUGCAUUAGUGAAAUACUGUUGUACCUUACUUUGAUUGUUCCUUUUGGAAAUACCUUAGUUUAAAGUCUGAGGGAGAGAAUUGGUCUUUUAACUUGUGGUGCAGAGUGAGGGGGUGAAGGAUAACAACAAAGGUUUAAGGAAAAAGUACCCUGACAAAAAAGCAAUAAUAGGGGACAGUCCCCCCCUCCCCUUUUCUCUCUCUCUCUCUCUCUCUCUCUCACACAAACACACAAACAGACACGCUCUAAAACACGGAAGGUGAGGCUGUGACUGUCAAUCAAAAGUCUGAAUAGGUCUGCUAAAGCUGCAGUGAGCACCUGACACGGCUUCCUGAAGGAAGGACAGAAAGACAGAAGAGAGGCUGGAAGGACGCGUGUCAACGAGAGACCGUCGUUAGACAAAGUGAGAGGACGAGUGACUUUGUAAAAGUGGGACAAACAUCCGAGGCAAGCGGAGGAGUGAGGAUUAUGCGAGCCGAGAUUGAGGUCAUCCCGUGUAAGAUCUGCGGUGACAAGUCUUCUGGGGUGCAUUAUGGAGUCAUCACCUGUGAGGGCUGCAAGGGAUUUUUCCGGCGCAGUCAGCUACCCACCGUGUCCUACUCCUGCUCCAGGCAGAGCAACUGUCCCAUCGACCGGACCAGCCGCAACCGCUGCCAACACUGCCGUCUGCAGAAGUGCUUGAUGAAGGGCAUGAGCAGAGAUGCUGUGAAGUUCGGACGAAUGUCUAAACGUCAGCGGGACUCUCUAAAUGCCGAGGUGGAGCGACAUCGGCAACAGCAGCAGCAGCAGCAGCAGCAGCAGCAGCAAUGUCAGGGAGACGCCCAGUCUCUCUUAUCCUUACCUUCCAAGGUCCGUCAAGACCGCUCGCCACAGCUCCUUCAUUCCGUGGCCUCCGCCUACUCCUUCACCAGGGAGGCCGAGCUGCUGUCCUACACCGCCGAUGUCCACCCUUACCUGGUGUGCUCCCCGAGCGAGUCGCAGGUGUCGGGUAUGAUCUACCGAGGCUCCGGUGGGCCUCCCACAUCGAGAUCCCUGGCCAGGUUGGACAACGGUGCACACCUUGACAUAAGAGGGUACGAAUCCAGGCAGCCGUCGCAUGAUCUCGCAGGAAUUCACCCCUACAACCCUCUGGAGGAUCCUUUCAGCCUCUAUCCUCACUCUCUGAGGAAUACAGAUGAGCUGUGCGCCAGCAUAGUGCGUUCCCACAGGGAAACCAGCCAGUACAGAGUGGAGGAGCUGCUGGCCCUCAGAUGGAAGCUCCUCAGCAGAGAGGAGAUCCAGGCCUACCAGAGCAAAUCGGUGGAUGAGAUGUGGCAGUACUGUGCCAUCCGGCUAACGGAUGCCGUGCAGUAUGUGGUGGAGUUUGCGAAACACAUCCCAGGUUUCCGCUUGCUCAGCCAGAACGACCAGAUCGCUCUCCUGAAGACCGGCUCCAUGGAGGUGGUUCUGGUCAGGAUGAGUCGCUUCUUCAACACAGAGAACAGCACCGUCUUCUUUGACGGGAAAUUUGCUGGAGUGGAAGUCUUCAAGUCUUUGGCGUGCGGUGAUCUAAUCACGGCAGUGUUUGACUUUGCCCACGGUAUGUGUGAUCUCAAGCUCACGGAGCCGCAGAUUGCUCUCUUCAGUGCUCUCGUGCUGAUCAACACGGAUCGUCCUUGUCUGGAGGACAGAGGCAGAGUUCAGCAAGUGCAAAAAAGCGUUGAGUCUGGACUCACACACAUUCUACGCCGAGACAACCAAGAGAGUCUAAUGUACAAGCUCAACCAGAGGAUGUCAGUGUUGCGUUCGCUCUGCAGUCUGCACAUGGAGAAGCUGCGCGUCUUCAGUCAGCGUUACCCGCUCACUGCUCACUCUCUCUUCCCUCCGCUCUACAAGGAGCUCUUCGCCUCUGAGGCGGAGCUGCUGCCCGGCACCACCCAGUGAUGAUCACCCAGUUUACGCAGAGCCGUGCACUCACUUAUUAUUUUAUUGUCUCCCCGUUGUUUCCUGACAGAAUCUAUUUUUCUAACGAUUAAAAUAUAUAAAGAACGAGCUUUUUGGUAGAUGGUGUCAAACGUAUAUUUCUAUAUUUUGAUAGCUUAAAUCUAUUUCUAUUAUUCCAGGGAAAGAUGCAUUUUGUUGUUGUUUAGCAGCUCUUUGUCCGUGAGCCAUUCGUUUUCUCAGGACACGUGCUAAUGUGAGUCACAGUAAAUGUGUGACACAGUGUGCUUGGAUACAGAAAGAAAAAUAUGCUUUUUGUUGUCAACAGAAACUUAAAAUGUGAAGGGGGGCGAGGUGGAUGUGUGUUGCAGGAGUUGCUUAGUGACAUUCCCUGUAAACAGCUUUGGCUUUUUAAGAUCCAGGGCUGGUUGAAAACAAAACAGGGCGUUUUGAGCAAUUUUUACAAAUUUUGUAAGAAAUGUCAAUAUUAAAAGCAGUAUUUAUGUGUUUCAUUGCAGUAUACUGUCAUAUUACAUGUCAUUUAGCUGACGCUUUUUAUGUAGUUUACAGCUCAAACAGACACAUUUAAGAGUGCAGUAUCUCUUCAUAACAAGUAUUCUCCUCAGAACAACAGUGUUCAAAUAAACACAUCCAGACAGCAAUAGACAACCUGCUUGCUUGAGAAAUGUCUCCUCAGGUUGAUUCUGUCAGAUUGACUAACCAAUCCUACAAAGCAGCUGUACCUCUUCAUGUUAUCCUCUGUGUUUGAAAAUAUCCUCACAGACUGUUAUGUCUAUUAAGCUUUGAAAUAUGUUGCAUUAAAACUAAAAAUGUAAUUUAAAAUAUGAGCGAUACCGUAGAAAUCUCUUCAUCCAUGAGCAUAAUUGUCCCUUUUUUCCAUUUUAACUUGCUUAUGUUUUGCUUUCUUAACAUAUCUUUGAAUAAAAUGAUGAGAUGCUUCAGCAUUAAGCACUGUAUGUUCAGAUGUAUUCCUGUCUGUUGCCAGGAUGGCUGAGUUUAUAGUGAACAUAUUUAGAAUGUAAAUCGGAUAAUCAACGACUGAGGCUUUGAUACCGGGCCUAUUUGGGAACUUGAUUGUGCAGUAUAAAUAGUUGUGUUAAGGCUAAGACAUGCAAGAAAGAAAGAAGGAUCCUGUUGUGGGAUGAUAAGAAAAAUAGCGUUUACAUCUAUGAAUGGAAUAUAGGAUCGUAGCAUAGUUGCGGUGCCUUACUGUAGAGUUGUUGCUGUUGCAUAGAAAACAAAGGAAGUAUUAGUCAUUGCUGGUGACCCUCCAGCAGCCUGGCAGUGGAAAGUUACCGGUUUGUCAUAACUGUGGCUAAAAGUAAAGAGGAAGCCAAUUAAAAGACUGAGUCAAAUAUUCUCGGUAAAAACCCUAUUUUCACAAA